GCUCUAUCUUCAAUUUAAAAGGGUAAGUUUGGUGUUAAAUUACAGAAAGUGAGAUUAAUAUUUCAGGGGUCUCCUGUGUGUAAAGGUGCGUCAAUCCUGCUUUCUUUCCUGUUGGUGAUUUUUUUCCCCCUACUUUUUAGUGCAUGACAUAUCGAAGAGCCUGUGUCAUACCUUGGACGUGUGCUUCAUCUUAACAUUUCUCCUGCAUGCCACAUAUGGGCCCUCAAAAUAUCCUCAUCUUGUUACAACAGAGAGAUUAUGGUAAGUGUGUUGGCUGCUGUAGCACUGGAGAAUUCAUAAAUCUGUAUUUCUCUUCAAGAAUCCACUCAUUAAAUCUUUUUGCAUUCUCUCUCCUCCUCCUGCAUGUUACUCUGCCUCAUCAAAAAUAGCUCCCAUCACAACUUACUCCCCUGGAUCCCCUUCUAGGCUUCAAGAUGAGCUCCAUGUGUUGAAUUAUAGAGCGAAAAAGUCAUUAAGUGGGAUAAAGAUACAAGGAAUCGAUGGGGCAAUAGAUACUCUGCAGCGCUCCAUUGUCUCCAGUCCAGUGCACAUGAGCAUCAGGGAGGUAAAGCCUGUUUGUUGUUUCCAGGUGAGCUCUCCAGUCAGUCCACAACUCCUCACUUAUUGGCAGAAAUCAAUGACAACAGCCUUGACUUCAUGGAGUACCCAGCUGGUUAUACUUUAUCCUUCUGUGUACACAUUUAGAUACAUAUACUAACCUUUUAGUGUGUUAAUUUUGGGUUUAAAAUAAAAACUAAUUACAAAUAUGAAAAUAAUUCGAUUUAAUUUCAAAGUAAUCAAUUGGGCUGCAAAUCCUUUUAGACAACACAAUGAACCUCAUGAUUUAAAAGCCUUAAUUCCCCUGCAGAAUAACUGUCAGUAUAUAGCCACCAAUCUCUUUUAUUUCUGUGUGGGCAGCUUAAAAAUAACGCCUUUGCCCAUCUUCAGCCUUUAAUUUGAACAGCUCUGUGAAAAACUCUGGAUAAAGAGACAGACAGACUGCUGUCGUCAAAAGGAUUGUUCUGUUUUAUACUCUCUUUUCACACAGACAGAAAGAAAAAGAGAGAGAGAUGGAGGGAGGGCAGUGCGGCUCUUCCCUUAAUGACACUUGUUCGCCUUUAAUUAUGUGACCCACCUGGCCCAAAGUCUUUCCAUAUGGAAACUAAUGGCCAAUUGGAGCUGCGGUAGGUUGUCAUUACACAGACAAGCUGACCAGAGCUGUCUCAGAAGUAGGGAGAAGAGACUUGAGUGCAAAAAGGAUUUUCAGCUCUAACAGGUGAAAUUUCAGGAAAUACGUCUUUCUUUUGCUUUUUUGGGGGACUUAUUUUAUCUUUAAAACAGUUAAGGUCCACUCAUUUAUUUAAACCAUAAUCUUCACUUCUUUUUACUUGGUUUUCUUUGAUUUAAAAUAAAAGCGGAUACAUGAGUGAGUUGGUAAAUAAUUCACAUAGUACAUUUAGUAUUUAUGGAGUUAAACAUGUUGUAGAACAUGACAUACACAAGACCUCUGAUGACACAAACGCCCACACCGGUGCAAGCCAUACAUACACUCGCCUCAGUGAGAAAUAAUGUGACACUUUUCAUUUAAGACCGUGGCAUUAAAAGAGGAUGACUCUUUCUCUCAAGGUGAGACAACCCGGCGUGAUCUCAAACCUGGUCAGCAACCAAGUGUCAGACUCAGGUGUAAUAUUGCCCCCAGGAUGUCACAGCUUUGAGGCAUGUGAUGUGCUCAGAGAAAGCUCCAUCACCACCCUGAGCCUGCAGGUCCAUGUGAUGUGAAUGAAAUACUUUUUUUUUUAACUCCCUAAGUUUAGCUGUUUCCUCCUCAGCACAUGCCUGAGUCUUCAUGCAGAGUGAGUCAUUCAUGAAGCCUCUCAGCCCACUCACAGCCUCAGUGUGCAGCUCCUGUACCAAUACCAGCAGCUUAUAUACAUAUAUAUUGAAUAAUUUCUACAUGCACCGUGGCCUACUAAACCUCUCGUUUCACCACCCUUGGGCUUCAGCCAGCCUGUAGUACAUUUCCUGCCGUCUCCGUCUGCGUCUCUGUCAGUCAGUCAGCUCUCUUCCGUCUCGCUCUGGGAGGCCAACCUUUCAGCUUUUCCAAUGAUGUGCCUCAGAAAUCUGUUUCCAGGGCAACCAGGGUGCCAAAUACACUCCCAGCGGCUUCUGGCUCGUGCGUCCUUUGUUUACACUUUUCAUAUCUGCGAGAGGAUGGAGGUGGCUUUAAACAGAUAAAAAUGGGCACCCAAAAAUAUGCCAGCAAAUAAAUCCAAGUGUGAUCGACGUCAGAGUCACCCAGACAACAAUACGCCCACAGUACAAAUCUGUUUGUUUCUGAUUGCAGCUGAAACAUAUCUCUGGAUAAUGAACUAAAACUGAGGGUCAAUUCACACGUUCACCAAAGGCUGUAGAUUUGCAUUAGACUGUUCACAGUAUCCACAGAAGCUUCAUUAAGCCACUGGAAGCACAUGAAACAUCUCCAAAGCCAGUUAGUCCUGCUGCGCAGCCGCGCGCCCUCUCGUCAGUAAAAAGCCGUUACAUUUAAAACUGACACCUUUCGUUAUGCAACAGCCACUAUAUACAAUGUGCGAACGUGUUUCUGAUUAUUACCACCUUCGUUGAUUGGAUUUAUUGUAAACCAACUCACGUCCACCACUUUUAAGACUUGCGCUUGCGCGCAACGGAGACGGGAGCUGUCCAAGUGCUGAAAUGAGAAAAAAAGGCGUUCCACUCCCAUUCCUCAACAGAGGACGGUCCUCCACCUGCGAAAGAUUUCACUUCAUGCGUAACUACAUGGGCUGACGGGUUGCCUUCACGGAGUAACAUCCACAUCCUGAGCCAGGACAUGAAGCUUCCAGAGGACGCGGUUUUGGAGUUUUACCUCCUCGCGUCUGUCCUCAGUUCUGAUGUCUCUCCUCACCUCCGCUUCAAGAAAUCUGUCUCUAGGAGUUUCGUGAAACUAAACUAUGAUCUGUGGCUGCAUUGAGGGAUGUCUCCUGCUUUUUGUGAGACACAAGAGCACCUAAACGGUCUGGUGAGGUGGAAAGAUCCUCUAUUUGGAUUAUGUGUUUGACCAAUGUAAACAUAUGGAAGAAAUAAAAAAGUGAGCACAUGGGAAAACCACGGGGCAUGAAUCGCUGCUUUUUCAAGGUUUUGGCAGCUUUAAUAACAUGUUUCAUGGAGACAAACUUCAGGUAGGAUUUGGGUUUUUUCCACAUUGUCUAUUUUAAAAAUGUAUCCUAAACUUGAGACGUGUAUUCGCACUAUUUGCAGGGAACCAUAUCAAACUGACAGGGACUUGUCUCUACAGAAUGAGUUGGUUAUAUCCUUGUAUGCUGUAUUCAUUUGUUUGAACUCUUUUUCUGAGUGACGACAGCCUUCAUGGAAUAUAUACGACAUUCAACAUCGGGACUUGUGACAUUUACGCACGUAAAGGCAUCAUAUCUCGUUCUAUUGUAGCGCCAUAGCAAUAUCCCUACGACGAUCCGCUGAGUAUUACCUUCAGAGUGAUGAAAUAUUUGUGCCAUAAUGGAAAAGUAAAAGACUUAUUCUGUGAAGUCUUUGCAGAGACGUAAAAAUCACAUCGGAUUCGUCUGAUUCAUGCGUGCGCUUUAACGCACAUCCCAGCCUCCCCGUACUUGCCCGUCACUCCCGUGCAGCUGGUAGGCGGCAGAUAAGGUUUAAAUCCCGGUUUUCAGGCGCGACUUCAGUCUGAUAAAGUGAUUUCUCCCCCUCAAUGUGUGUCUCUCUGUGUGUGCGCGCAUUUGUUACAGAGUUGUGGAUGCCAAGGAGCACGAUCCCAGAUCAUCCUCGAACAUGUCUCCAUCAGACUUUCUGGACUCACUUAUGGGUCGCACGUCCGGGUAUGAUGCACGAAUCAGACCCAAUUUCAAAGGUUUGUUUAUCACCGUAUUUGUCUACUCCUCAGUACGGAACUUCAAAAUUUAGACACAAACAUCCAACUCUUCCCAACAUGUGAUGUGCAUGCAGAAUCCCGUCUCCAUCCCUUUUAUUCAAGCUUUGGGACUUUGACAUCUGGAGAGCCAUUUACUGCUAUCUGAUGCUGCCAGAUUAUUUGAUAAGACCAAUCAAUCACUUCAGGUGACAGUAACAUGGUUUUCCUGGCUUGAAUAAAACCAUGAAACAACUCAAAUCAUGACAUGUCAUGUUUUGUUUUGAAUGAGGAUGACAUUAUGUCAAACAAUCCAUUUCACCACUCAAUAAUCAUUUGCAAACAAAAACACGAGGGCUUGUAAGUAUCACAAGGAUGCCACCCUGUCAGGCCGAAUGAUGGAUGGUGUCCCUGUGGCAAGGCUGUAGGCUACUGACUUCCUGUGUUGCCUGCUGUUGUGAUGCUGGGGACACACACAUCAUCUGUCACUGGAACAGUUCUGAGCAAGGAGCGGACCAGCCAAGCCUGCUGGGGCUCGGGCCAGAUCCCACUCCAGCCUGGGUCAGGUGGGGCUGGGAUUUGUCGGGGGGCUUGGGGACUCCAGUUGAAGCAGUGUUGCGCACGGGAUUGGCCAGCAGGAUUUCAGCAAACACAUGGCCCAGAUCCUACCUCUCCAUCUGGGGGGGGUUGACAAGAUUGCUGGAAUAAGCUUAAGAUGGGAGGAGGACCUGCUGUGUAGCACUGGCUGGCAUUUUCAGGAGGAAGGAUGAAGGGAAAGCAACUGUUUCUAGAUAAUAAUGAGAGCAGAAGCACACAUGGAUUAAAGGAGGGAAACACUACGUUGGUGUUUACAUUUGCAUUCUCUUUGUAUUCCAGGCCAGAUAAAGCUCCAGACAGGAUCUUAUGGCUGGAAAACAAACACUUUUGCAUGAACCCACUGCGAUGUAAACAGACGAUUCCGACUGCAAACCUGCGAGUCAGACUUUGAAGUGCAGUGUUGAACUGUAUUUUCUGAAGGCUGACCUAGUUUUUUCGUGCUGAGUUUGUUGUGAGGAAGUGCCGCUUUAUUUUUUUUCUGCUUCUGCUGUUAAAUGCAGCUACCUGACGACAAACUGAGGCAAAUAUUAACACCAAGUGCUAUGCAAUAUUGAUGAGAAAAGCACAGGGGAAGGGCACUGGGAAGGGCUUACAAGGCCUACACUUAUCAGGCAGAGGAAGAAAUGAUUUGCUGUGACUUUUAAUAGUAACUUCAUAAUAUGCCCUAAAGUUCAGGCUGCACUGUGGAUAUUAAAACUUUACCACAAAUCAGAGCAUGCUGUGAACUUGUUACACACACUGUUGAAUAUAAAAUGCUCCAAUUUUAUACAAUAUUUAAUAAAUCACUAUUGAGCUAUAACUGUCAGGUAUGACUAUUAUUGAAUAACCUACCCAGAACAUUGAUCAAGUAAUGACAAGUGCAUCUUGGCUUUUUUAAAGCAGUAAAAGAUUGAUUUACAGUCAAAAUAGCUGCAUAAUUUUCUGUUAAUAGACUCGUUCGCGAGAUAGAGAUAAUCACAGCACAUCUUAACUACUGCUAGUGUGCAUGCAUUCGCCAGUGUGUGCACAAUAACUUUAACUGUUUAAGAUCUAAAGGCAGAAAAUGCACGAGUGUUUGCAUUAACUCCAAAAGAUUAGCCGAACAGAAGCAGACUUUAUCAUUUGAAACAAGCAUUUAUGAUAAACUAACAUCAAAUAGUCCACAAUACAGAACCGAUUAGUCACAAAUAAGGAAAAUCGAUUUUUUCAGUGCUUUGCUACAAAACCCCAGCCUAUUAAAAAAUGUGCUGCCAAUUGCCUUCAGGUGAAAAUGUGGGUGUCCAACAGAUGUCUGCUUUUUUCCCCCUGCCCCUUUAGGUCAAACUAAUCUGUAAAAAGUCCAAGUUAGUCUCAAAUCUCUGAAAGCCACUCAGUAAAAUGUGUAAAAGUAAAACAAUAAAUAAAGAAAUAAUCUUAAUACAUAUUUUAAACCAUACCAAUGCCAACACAGGUCUUCUCAGGUUCAGUAUGAUUUAUCAGAGCAUGCAGUAUGUCACCAUCCACUCACGGAGCUUCCAGUGCUUGAGUGUAUGAAUGCAUGUAGCCCUACACCUUCAAACAGCUGCUUGCCUCCUCAAACAUCUCCACCUCUCCAAACAAACUCAGGCCUCAAUAAUGUGGUUUAAGGCUUUUUUCCUCUCAUGUCAUUGUCAUUCCAUUUCACAGGUCCCUCCGUAAACGUUACAUGCAAUAUUUUUAUCAACAGUUUCGGCUCUGUCACAGAGACCACUAUGGUGAGUUCUUCCUUUGGCCUUUUGUCUGAUUCUCUACUAUGUGUCAAUGUGUUAUCUAUCCCUCAACCUGCAGGUCCACCAGUUAAUGUUACCUGCAACAUAUUUAUCAACAGCUUUGGUUCUAUAGCAGAAACUACAAUGGUGAGUGGAGCGUUGGGAUUGGAAAUGUUUUGUUGACCCAUAUUAAAAGGUUAUAAAUGAUUCAUCCUGGUUUUUGUUAUUUUACUCUUUACUCUUACUUUGUUUUUGCCAUCAAGGGGCUUAUUGGCGGGUCCAUGUGGCCCACAGUGAUAAUGAAUGAGGCGCUUGGUUUGCGGUUAUCCGCCAGUAUUUUCUCUUACGCCUCCUGUGCAUGUGUUAGUCCAGGUUUAAUAAUUCAUGCAGCAAAUCCAAACCAGUAAGCAGCCUGUAACAGAGUAUUGGGGGCUGGGCUUUCUAACAAACCAAUCUGUAGUAUGCAAUGUGUGAAGGCGUUAAACUGCCUGAGGGGUAAAAAUAUAAAACCUACAAGGCUGCAUUGAAACUCAUCACGAUCAAAGGAUUCAUAAUGAGUGAUAAUAACCACUUAGAUCAUGAAUGAAGGAUGUUAAUUUGCACAGGAGCUGCAGCUCAUGAGAUUGCCAAGGAAUUACACGGCUUUAGACACGCAGGCAAAUAUUUGGAACCGCCAAUACGCUGAAAAGUCAAACUACACAAGGAUCUCACAUCAUCAUGACAUAUCAAUUACAGCGAGCAACUCCGCUUUGUGGUGCUCAGUUUACAACCAAAUGCGGAGUUUUCCUCAUCAGCCACUACAUCUUAUAAACUCAUUAGCUCAACAUAAUAGAGAUUGAUAUGAAAAGUUACUCAAAGGUCAGUUUUUGAUGCCUCUUGCAGCAUUAAAUAAUCACCCGACUGGCCAUGUGAACGUGGGUAUGACAUUUAAGAGGAUAUAUGCUUAGUUAUGGUGCAUUUCAUUGGAAUGUAUUAUUUUCUCAUCAUCCAUGUUAUCCGUCUCCAUGUUAUGAUAUUCAUAUUACAGGACUGUGCUUUGACUUUACUUCAUACUACAUAUAUAUUUUACUGUUUGAAAGCUGGACUACAUGCCAAUUCAAUCUCUGUCAUAGACACAUUUCUGCAGAUGAAAACUCGUAAAGAACUUUGUUGCAAUAUUUUAGUUUACCUCCUCAAAAGGAGGAUACUGAUUUAAAAUAACAAUAUUGAUGACAGACCGCAUGCUUCUAAUAACCCCAAUCUGUGAGUUUUAAAAUAUGCAAAGCUGCUUGUCUUCUCUGCAGGAUUACAGAGUGAACAUCUUCCUGCGGCAGAAGUGGAAUGACCCUCGGCUGGCGUAUAGUAAAUACCCAGAUUCCUCCCUCGACCUGGACCCCUCCAUGUUGGACUCCAUAUGGAAGCCCGACCUCUUCUUUGCCAACGAGAAAGGAGCCAACUUUCAUGAUGUGACUACAGAUAAUAAACUGCUACGAAUCUUCAAAGAUGGGACAGUCCUCUACAGUAUCAGGUGAAGAGCUGGACGUGCUUUCACUACUGAUAGAAUCUAAAAUAAAACGAGUAAAAGUAUAAAGAUAUUGGUUUUCAUACCAGAUGGUUAUGGCAAGUGAAAGGCAAAUUAUUCUGCAACUGGUGUGACUGCAAUUUAUUUAAUUCUCCUUCUGCUAUUGUAUUAUAUUUUUUUGAAAUGGCUCCAGGCGUUGAGAUGGUCAUUUUUCAAAGGCAAGAGAUUAUUCAAAAUUUUUAUAGUUAGUUGUGGCUGUAAUAUUUUGGUGCUGGAGGACUGAAGCUGAGGUAGGAAUCAGUGCUGGGUGAAAAUUAUGCUGCAGAGAACCAAAAGCCCUGAUGCAUAGACCACCUCGGGACAUUUCACUUAUUGCUUUUCUUACACUUCCUCUUGAACAUCAAAGACCCACAAUGUAAAAGACACAGUUAUAAAUGGAUUUGAUCUCAUUAUGAUUGCCCCUUUGAAAUGGCAUAAUUCACUGAACUACAGAACGUCCCAGUGUGCAAUGUAGAUUUUCAAUACAGGAGCAGUGAUUGGAGGAGUGCAAGCUUAUCUCAGGGGCAUUGUUGAAAUCCCAAAGAGAAGAGCGAGUUCAUUUCAUAUUGGUGUCCCCAAACGCAGAAUGUAGGUCUUUCAACAAAAACGCACUGUGGACAAGCCUGAAACAUCCAGCCCUAUUCAGCAUGGAUGACAUUUUAAAGGCCUAAAAUUUGAGCUAAACCCAGAACAAAAUAUGAAAAUAUGUUUCAUUUCAUUUCAAUACAACUUCAAUCUCACACCGCAUUCAAUUUUCUCUGCUGUGAUGCGACAUGAAGCAGAUCAAUUUUGAGUCCAUUUGGGGAGCGGCUUCAGGCCGAGCGGUGCUCAGGUGUGGAGGCAGAGCGGGUCAACGGCAGAGAUGAAAGGUGGUUAGCCACUCUUUCCAUUCAUGGGAGAACAGACAGAGAGAGAGGACGGGGACCACAAUGCAUCACAGAAACAAUACCUCGCUGUAAUGAAAGUGUGAUAGAAACCUGCUGAAGGGAAUCCAACGUGACAUGCCCAAAGUUCAGCCCAAAAGACAUGAUAUGUCAGAGGGUAUCACAUAGGACAAAAAAGUACACACUACAGAGGUUGCUGCAGAAAAGGGGCCAAUUGUGGUUUAAUAUGAUUUCAGCUCAUGUGUUCAACCACUAGAGCAAGACUUAACACAUACAUUUCUUACAGAAUCAAGUAAUCUAGUUUGUUCAAUGAGUCUUACCAUAAAAAUGUGUCUUGCAUUGCAGGUUGACUCUCAUUCUGUCCUGCCCGAUGGAUCUGAAGAACUUUCCGAUGGAUGUCCAAACUUGUACGAUGCAACUGGAGAGUUGUAAGUGUUUCUGGAGAUGCUUCUGGAGAAUGGAGAGGAAUCUUUAUAAGAGGGAGGGAAUGAUAAUAAUGAAAGUGGAAGUCCAUUUUUUUUGCAGCACUAGUUACAUAUUUAACAAACAGAAGAAAAGCCGUGAGUAGAAUAUUUUGGCACGGUUCAAGCUUAAUUAAAAAACAAAGAUUUUACCUUAAACUCCUUUGUAAUCACAACACUGGAAGCACUCAGUGAAUAAUCAUAAAACUUUACCCUUUCUUCUCAAUAUAAAACUCAUUAAGUACUGAAAAUACGACACAGCUAAAGGUUUUCUUAUGUGACCAACAGGGGCGAAGACAGAAGCAAUUGAUAUCAGACUAACAAAAAGAUAUCUUUGCCUCUUUUAAGCAUGUAACAGACUUGAACAUUGACUCUUUAAAAUAUUUUCUGACUUUCUUCAUUUUGAUUCACCUUUCGCUUUCUGUCUGAAGUCGGCUACACCAUGAACGACUUGGUCUUUGAGUGGCUGGAGAACGGAGCGGUGCAGGUGUCCGAUGGGCUCACUCUGCCUCAGUUCAUUAUGAGGGAGGAGAAGGAGCUGGGCUACUGUACAAAACACUACAACACUGGUAGGAGGAUACACAAACAAAAAAACAAACAAAUACAUUAUACAGCUGACACUCCUUGUUUGUAAGCCAAACUAAACUUUACACUGUUGAACAGGUAAAUUUACCUGCAUAGAAGUGAAAUUUCACCUGGAGCGACAGAUGGGAUACUACCUGAUCCAGAUGUACAUCCCCUCCCUCCUCAUUGUCAUCCUCUCCUGGGUGUCCUUCUGGAUUAAUAUGGAUGCUGCUCCUGCCAGAGUGGCGCUGGGCAUCACCACUGUGCUUACCAUGACUACUCAAAGCUCCGGCUCCAGAGCUUCUCUUCCAAAGGUAAGCUUUUUCUUUAGUUGUCUCAGCUGGGGAAAAAAAGAUUGCAGGUCUACAAUGCAGCAGAAACACAAGUAACACAAGUCUGUUGGUCUGAAUGAUGUUAUUUCUAAUCAAACUGCAAUAUUAAGGUACAAGACUAUGCAGAUUUUAAGAAUAUAAGAAUAACAUGAAUAUUACAGUGUAUUAUAAAUGCAUGGAGAUUUUUUAUAUCCCAUCCACAGACUCGACAAUUGCUUUGUUUGAAGAUUUGUCAGGUAUAUUUUGAUACAGACUCUGACCAACAUCUUAAAAUCCAGGCACAGGGCAGGCAAAGAAAUAAAGUCUGAAAAUCAGCCAGGGGUUCAGGCUUAGCUUAAUGCAGAAGCCAAUCUGGCAGGACACUGGUGAGAGUUGGACAGUGUAAAUACAACUUGAGUUAGCAGCAGGGCUGGGGAGCAGGUGAUAAAACUGGCAGGGAAAACAGGGCAGAGAGAAGAAAUGAAUGAAUUAGGGGACCAGGAAGGAUUCAUGACAGAUAAUUUUAGAAAAGUGAAAAUAUAAAUCAAGUUAAUUCGAGAUCUGUUUGGUCUCUGUGCUGUGUGUUAUAAUCGUAAGUGGAAAAAUACAUCUAACCGUACAUGAAGAUGAACAUUUGUUUGUAACAGGACUCACUAUUACUAUACUGUUGUUACUGUAAGUGUUCAGGACUCAGGCUCUUACAUUCAACAUUUAUUUGUUCCUCUGUAACUGUAAGGCACGAUGAUGACAGUAUUUGACGGACAGAGACAGUGUUGAAAUUCAGGCAAUAUGCAGACAAAACAAAAAUCUAAAUGAGAUGAUGACAACACCAGUAAUCAGUGAAAUAAAUGAUAGGGUGCUUUGAUUGUUUGAGGUACUUGGAAUGACACACUGUUAUCUCCGCGUAAUGUGAAGGCAGCCACAUCAUCUCCGGUGGGUGUGAAACCCAUUAUUUCUAAGAUGAUUACACCAUAAAUGUGUUUUGCAUUAAACAUUUGCAUUACAGCUGUGACAAUGUCGGUGUGUAUUACUGACAGCCUCGCUUUUUUUCCAUCAGAUUAAAUUGCUGUGCAAAUAUAGUGAAGGGUACCUGUGAGCAGCAAGAGCAGAUCUUGAUGAUCAAUCAGCACAUCAGCAUAUAAUGCCUAGACCAUGUCAGAGGUGCUCUCAUAAAAGACACGCAUACUGAUAAAUAUUUAAAGAGAAGCCUUUGAGAGCCUCAAUACGGACAAGUGUAUCUCAAAACGCUUUAUAUGCCCUGAAAUAGCUGAGUUGUUUUCUUUUCAUGCUAAUCAGCUGUCAUGACGUUAGCCGGUCUCACUGAUGAGCAGGAAAGGCUUUCAACUUCCUCCUCACUGUUUCAAAAGACACAUCAAAACCAGUGCAAAAGGUACAAACUAAAGCUACUGUUUCCCCUUUGCUGGUAAAUUAAGGCAGUGAUUAUUUCCCACUGUGUGAGUUUAUGCAGUUGCUGACAUUCCUGGCAGCUCUGAUACACUUGUUAGCAAACACUAAUUAUAAUUACAGUAUUUUAGCAGGCCUGGGUUCAUGACAGAAAGAGAAAGGUGAAAAAUGCAGGUAGAUCUAACAGAACCGGGACUUGAAAUGAAUACUAAAGGGUUUAAACCAAUAUUUUAAGUCUAAGCACACCUUCAUACUGCACUUGAACCGUUAGCUGAUGCUGUCACCCGGAGAUCUAACCAAAGAAAUCUGUUUUCUCUCUCCCAGGUCUCUUACGUGAAAGCCAUUGAUAUCUGGAUGGCUGUGUGUCUGCUCUUUGUAUUUGCUGCAUUGCUAGAAUAUGCUGGGGUUAAUUUUGUCUCCAGGCAACAGAAAGAGUUCCUCCGCCUGAGGCGAAGACAAAGGAGGAAUCACAAGGUAGGCUUUUCAAAGUUUACAAGGUUGCCAUUUGCUUACCUAACUUUUAGCCGUACGAGCACUGUGGAUUUAGGGAUAACAGGGUCAAUCAGUCAGCUGCACCACAAGACUGAAAUAUCUAAAACUACUGGAUGGAUUUUGUUUAAUUUAGGCAGGAAAUCACAAUACCUCAAUUUCUACAAACAGGAAUAUUAUAACAGCUUCAGUGCGAACCCCAAAACUGAUCAGCUAAAGCUGCCAAUACAUCCACACAAACAGAAAUCAACAUAUAAGCAUAAUUUUCUCUUUUUUCUCCAUAUCACAUCAUAUUGUAUAAUCAUAUCCAAUCGUAUCAUGUCAUGUUACGUUGUAUGGUCAUCAUACCUAAUUCUAAACCAGCUGUCUGCUCAGAAAAAUUGGCCGUUGUUCCUUAAAGCUUUAAUAUCAGAUUGUAGUCAAUGUGGCAGAGGUUUACUUUUUUUAUCCUCUCGUACUUGCGCCACCAGCAGGUCAAGUUUAACUCUAAGCUAAAGUAUCUCAGUAUUUACUAUUUGAAAUGACACAGGCUUCUGUCCCUCCUUUUUGACUAUGGCAAUAUCCUGGCCCCCCAUCAGGUAAAUAAGAGUAUUUUUAGUGACAGUUUUAGAGUCUGUCUGAUGGUUUGUUAUGAAACUCGAUCAAAAUCAUUUGUUUGUCCCUCAGAAUGAAAUGUUAUUUUUGUCACCUAAAUUAUUGAUUCCCUCCAGAGGGCUUUUAUAAUCUUUGCAGAAUUGAACAGUUUCUGGGGGUUCGAUGAAAGAAAAACUCCCAAAAUAACUUUAAGAAACAGCAGCAGAGACAGGGAGAAGCUGUUCGAAUGGGUGCACAUGAAACAGAUGUGACAUGACUAAAUCUACGUGGAAAAUUAGGCCAAUAGAUGAGCUGUUACAACUUCUAAUUCCAUCUUUGGAUCAAUUGUGUUAAGUUUUUUGUAUUUCCCAUUAGCUCACAGAGCCAGUGGUUUUAAAGGACACAUUUCCUUUGCUACAUUUAAAAAAAAAAAAAGACUAAAUAUACACUAACUCUGUUCCACAUGUGCAUGUGUUUUUUCAGGAUGAGGACAUGCAUGAGGGCCGCUUUAAUUUUGCUGGCUACAACACGAGUCAGUGUCUGCCAACGAAAGAUGGCUCAGCUGUUAAGAAUGCAGCUCCAGCCCCGAACCCUCAACCGUCAGUCCCCAAGGACACGGACACCAUGAAGAAGAAGUUUGUGGACAGAGCCAAGAGGAUAGACACGAUCUCACGGGCUGCUUUUCCCUUGGCGUUCCUCAUCUUUAACGUCUUCUACUGGGUCACUUAUAAAAUCAUCAGGCAUGAGGACAUCCACAGUAAACAGUAAAGACCUUUUUCAGAGACAUGUGUUUACUCAGCCCGAGAAAUUCUCAGAAAGCGCAGCGGCAUGAGAUGGGAGGCUGUGCGAUGAGAGGCACCAUGGGGAUAAUGGCGGUGUUCUUUCAGGGAUAAUGUAUAAUUUUCAUGCAUUAAACUGAAAUGCCCAGGUUCAGAUUGCGUGAACAGCCUCUGGGACACAGAUGCUUUUGUUGUUGUACUGCUGCAUAAUAUUUCCUGACUAAAUAUGGAAAAAGGUUUAACUCAAGGCUUAGUAAAAUGCUGGAGAAGAUGGACCAAUGAUCUUUUUUAAAUCAAUCCUCCCUUGGCAUCUGUACAACCAAGGAGCAAAGACAUUCCACUGAUUUGUAAAAGGAGAGGUAGCGUAGCUGGACCCUCAAAACUCAAGGGGUAUUUCUUAUCAAGGAUGUCUAGGGCUGUUUUAUAUCGUACCAUUGACAUGGCACUUCCUCUUUGUUUCUACAAAAUAAAGCUUCAAAGAUAUCGAGCAAACACACAAAAAGCAAACUUCAAGUACGUUUCAGGCAUAAGUGUGAUGUAAAUCUGGAUUCUGGAACUGGACACAGCUCUUUUUCUGAAAUACCAGAGGCCUUAGAUAUCAAAGAUUAGGUGAGAUGAAGUGCUUUCCAUCUCUAUUUUUGCAAGACUCUCCUGUUAUUCAGUGGUCUUACAGAACUGAAAGUAUUACACAAGAUUUUUUUUUACCCGUGGGCAGACACCCAAAGGUAUUUCUUGUUUCCUUUAUUCUCUAAAUGUAUUAUAUAAAUAAUAUUAAUGGAUAACUGAUGUCACAUAAAGCUAAUGUAAGUUUAUUCAGAUGUUAUAAAAGUCACAAUGUUUAGUUUUUAUUUUAAUUUGAAAAAAAUAAUUAAACUUACUCAGAUAUUAAAGGAUUCCAAUUUUUAACACGGUGUAAAGCUGAGCCUACAAACUGUGAACACGCACUGCAUCAAUCCACACAGUCAUUUGCCAACAAUCUCUCAAUUUCAUUGAAAAUCCAGGUAGAUACUCCAGGUAUCCUAGGUUCGGUUUUAGGAUUUGAGACUAUGUUUUUGUAGAUGUAGUCUGAUUAAAUAUUUAUCGUAAUGGAGGGGGUGUUAUGUUUAUGGGAGGGAAAAAAAGCUUUCUGUAUACUUCUUCCGCCUUCGCUGUGGACUGUUUUUUCGUCACAUGGCGUGUUUGUUUUUCGGUCAUACUACAGAGCAGCUAAUGGUCCUUACACUGCUGAUGUACUGUGGUGGAGAACUCCUUUUUUGAAUGCUGUUUCAUGAGGAAAAAAACUGUUAUUUACUGGUCUGUACAUCAAUAAAAUUGACUGUGCACUAUAUUUACUUAUUUUCCCUCCUUCUGUCAAACACAAAGAGGGAGACUUGGCUUUGUUGGAGAGAUGACUCACUUAUAUUGCUUUUCACUCUAAGGAAUGAGAAGAUGGAUGCCCUUCAAGACAAGAAACACCUAAAAAUGCUUUUUACACCGAGAUCAAAGAAAGACUAACACAGUCACCUCUCCUCAGAGAGUCCAUAAGUCAGGAUGAUGACAGACAGCAUGGAUCGCUGGGUGGCCCGAGGUGACACAGAUAUGAUCUGACAGUGGGUUUCCAUUAAUGCAUGAUAAUGGACUUCACACUGUCAUAUAGAGAUUCCAUCAGCUGGGGUUUAUACUGACCAGUUAAAUAGAAAAUAUCAGCAUGGCUCCCACAGAAAAAAAAGGGACAGAUUUGUUACUUACCAGUAUUCUUUCAACUUCUCCACCUGCUGUAACUAAUGUAGGUUUAAAAUGAGAUAUGAAUAAUAUAAAAUGAUCAAACUGGACGAUAUAAAAGGGAUCAAAUUAGCUCAUCAUACUCCUGCAGCUUUGAUGAUGAUGAUGUCUAUUAUCUUUUUAAUUUUCUGCAGUAAUAUUUAGCUCUUUUUUGAUCUUAUUGUUGCUAUUUUUGCCAUUUUAUAGUCUUAAUCUGUCAUCAUCCAUUUAUCUGAUCUCUUCUGCUCUGACUUAUUCUGUCCUUUUGUUUUCACUUCACCCUGAACGUACUUGUAUAUCAUCUAUUUCUGUCCUUCUGUUGCUUUUUUGAUAUCCUUUUUUUUUGCAAGUUGAUUUCAGGGAUGCUUUAAUAUUAAACUCAUCAUCUUUGGAAGGCUCAGUCAAACUAAAAUUCACAGUAAAAUUUGAAAUUCAUAUCCUAUGGUAGUUUUAUUGGGGAUGCAGCAUGAAUCCUCCAACUACUUUUUUAAUGCUCAUUGCACAGGGAUUACAAACUAAUCAAUUAUACUAAUCCUCACAUGGAAGUACCAUCCAUUUCACCGCCGCAGCCUUACAUCAUCGUCCAUUAUUAUUCCUGUUUGAAUAAGCGAGGAUGCAACAGCCGUCGUUCAAUCAAGUUCACUAGUAUGCUGCCUUAUGAGGGGGAAAUUAUUUGCUGCUUAUGAUGGUGUUCAGAGGGGAAACAACUUUCCGUCAUUCAUUAAGGUUUAGGGCCGGCUGCUUUGUGAGGUCUGAGAAAGGCAAGAAAUGAGCGUUGCCAUAGCAACUGCACAGCAAUGGAGAGGGCCAGUGUGAGAAAAGUAGGAAAUUAAUGGAGUUAAGAACACUGGUGCAGGUUUUUUUUAAAGUCCAAAAUCACAUCUCUUAAUGCUAAAUGUGACUCUGAAUUAACCAGCAGUUUGGGCCGUGCUGAAGUAAUAAUACAACCAGCUGCACAUUCUGCUCUUUUCUGUGGGGUUUAUUCAGGGGAUUAUGCUUGCACGGCAAUCUUGAAACCACAAAGACAGGAGCAGUGUGUGGCGUGAGCCCAUACAAUUUUCAGCAUGUCUGCCAUACAAAUGCUGCUCACACAGGAUGGGCAAAGAUUUACUUUGAAGGUGUGAGAUCGUAUUGAUCACUACGCAGCAGUCGUGUUGAUAAUAAUGGAGAAGCCAGCAUGUAUUCUUUCACGCUGGGAGCUGUUGGCUCCAUGCAGGAUAAAAGGAGAAACUUUGAACAUGGAAACGUACAGCGAAAACAUCUCCGUGACAAGACCGCGGGAUGUAAUUGGAAGCUUAAGAAGCAAAAUGAGGACAUUUGUUAAGUUUCUCUUGUAUUAAAAUCAUGUGUUAAGUAAAGCUGAGUUGCAGUUUGAGAGGCAAAACUGCAAAACAAUGCUUGUUCUCAACUAUUCUCACAAAUCCAAUCCCAUUUGUUGCAACGAAUGAGCAAGACGUGGAAAUACUUGAAAUUUCUGCAGACAGAGUAAAACAAUAUUAAUGGCAUGUGUCUGCGUUUGUCUGACUCCCCGAGUUCUCGAGUCCAGAGGAGAAAACCCUCUGACCUUGAUCAAUAACAGUCGACUGCUGGCUUAGACCAGACCAAUGCCCUCAUCCCACAGCAUUGAUUUAGAGACGGCUUAGCAGCACCAUUCAUCAUUAUGGAUGUCUCUACAUGUUGUUACCAAAGGUGCAAUUCGUGAUUCAAAUGUAAACAGGAAGGUCAACUCACCGGGUAUAAAAAAAAUAGAUAAUAUCGGACGCUGCAGUCAGUGUCACUUUUUGACGGACGAUGACACACAGUGAAAUUAGAUAACAAUUCAGUUCAACAUUAUAAUGCAUUCUGAUCUUAUUAUAUACAUACAAUCACCUAACAUGUGCAUGAAGGUGUUAUUCAACAUACCACUGGAGUGGAAAAAACAAAGUAAUUGUAAAGUAAGUCACCGUUUAAGUAAGACCGCUUUAAGAUCCUGUGAGGAGUUUUUAUGUGAAUGGAAUAGACUGACAUUCAAGUAAUCAAGAACAUCAGAAACAAGACUGAUGAUUUUUAAGAUGUAAUUUUUAAUGCUUGAAACCUGUGCAGGAGGGUAGUAAAUAAGACUCAUGUAUACAUCUUAUUUAAAUCUAAAUUUCUUUAUCCUUUAAUUUCUAUUUCUGUAUUUAUGCUGCUGUAAUUUGGAAUUUCCCCCUGCGGAACGAAUAAAGGAAUAUCAUAUCUAUUAGUCAGCCAAACAGCUGGAGAAACAGCCUUAUUUUAACUUUUUUUUAAACAUAAAAUAUUCAUCAUAAAUGUUAAAUUUGACUGUUCAAGAUCAGAAUAAAGAGAUCGUUUUAUCAGAAGACACUCAUCAAGCAUAGAGGUCAAGAUAAAUGAAGACUGCUUUGUCCACAGGUGGCGCCAAAACUACCACAUAACUAGUUUCUCACAGGAGCUUUAAAUUAAAAUUGGUUGCAAAAUCAUAUGAAGUUUGACUAAUUUAAAAACUCAUUUAGAAAAAGAUUUAUUGCCAUAUUUUAUUGGUAUUUUUGAAUCAGCUUGAGUAGUGUCACAAAUCAUUACCAAGUUUUUACCUUUUUUUCCAACCUGAAACUGACUUCCUUGACAGCAAACGUUUGGCAUUCACACGCACAUUAAUUAUGUCAGCAUUGAGGUAAAUUUGCUGUCGGCUGGAUGCAUAACUUUCUCCAUUUUAGAUUUGUUUUAUAACAGCAGCUUUGAUAUUUAUCUACAGUGAGGGGACUUGAACGGUGGGUAGAAACCCCGCAGUCUUCUCCCAGCACUCACAGUCAAUAGAAGUUAGCGGGCAAUAAAAGGAUGACAAACCGUAUAUUUUACUCUGGGUGGCAUUCGGGGCUUUGAGAGAGCAACAGAGAAACAGAUUAUCGUUUUCACAUGUGAUCUAUCUCUCCCUGGCCGUUUACUGCGGUUAUUUACUAUACAGAGCCACUAGUCUUCUUUGCUGCUGGAGGUGACAGGUGUUUUUAUUGCUACUGAUAAAAGGUGUGUGUGUGUGUAGAGAAAGGGUAGCGGGGUUGCUGCCUCUUUUUCUAGAGGAUCAAAAAAUAUGAUUGCUGGUGUGUGUUUUGGAGGCUGGGGUGGAGAUGUUAAACAGCUGAAAAGCUUUAGUUAAUACAAUAAAAUAUUUUUUGGACUUCUGCAAAAUUCCAUUAACAGAAAACUGAAUUAUUUACCACGCUGAGAGAAGCCAUAAAAUAGGACACUUUGAGGUAAUUAUGCUUCAGUUAUGUUCAGGCGAGGCCCAUCGCAGGGAAACAGAGAGAAUUUUAAGGUGCAAAAGCGGGGGAGUUUAUCUCUUCUCAAACUCAGAACUUCAACAGAGGAAAAGCGCUUGGAGCAAAAAAUAAAAUAAAAUUUAAAAAAAUAACAGGCACAUUCUGGUUUUUGUCCCAAAUAAGAGAACAAGAAAAACCCCACCAGACGUUUUCGAGAAACAUCACCGGUCAAGCUUCCACAAGCUCUGAGUAUCCGAAAAGCCAAGCUCCUCUUAAGUGGAGUUUGAUGUUUACUUGAACGAAUGGCAUUUAAACUUGCGGCGCUGACAGCCUAUGCGGCAUCAUAGCUGGAAAAAAACAUAGGCAGCCUGUUUUUAUUUACAUCAUUUCACCAGAAAACAACUGAACCAUGAGGGGGGAAAAUCACUAAAAGCUUUCAGUCGGCUACAACCACGCAGAUGUAUAACCCCUCGCUCCACCAUCAUCUGUUGUCUUCAUUCAGAACACAAACUCCAGGAUGAAAGUGCUCUCUCCAUCUCCGGCUGAAUUGCACACAGCAGCAGCAGAGAUUAAAGGGUGUUUUUUUGAACACAGAGGGUCUAACGGGACAUGAACAGAAGCAUCAACUGAGCUGUGAGCUGUACAACAUCAGUAUCAUUAAGGCUGUAUGAUCCCAAAAGACUGUCUGAUAAAGCAGACAGUAACACAGACAUAACAAAGCCAGCAACACAGGCAAGCUCUCAGUGCAGCUGAAAUCUGCAAAGCAUGCAUGAUGAUUACACAUGACCAUGAAAGAGUUGGCGUUUUUCCCCCCUUUACGUAUCUGAACAUCCAAAAACACAGACUCAGCUUUGGGGUUUUUGAACCACAUCUGCAGCGUUUUAGCUCAACAAAGUCCCCUGGGUGUCCAGAAGAGCUGCCAAAUCUGCUUCUAGUUGGACUUUGAACAUGUUUUGGGUCAGCUUUCGAUACCUUCCCACAUCCACCAGGGGGCUCAACUUCAUCCUGCUCCUCUCUACGUCCUGCUGCCACAUCUCUCUGACCUUCAGUAACCCCCCUGCGGAACACAGAUCAGGGCCCUUCUCCUCCCCAAAGCUCCUCUUCUUCUCCUCCUCCUCCUCCCCUCCCUCUUCUUCACAAAGCAGAGACGACACACAUUCUCGGAGAGCCACCGCUUCUUUCUCCAGCGCCAAAGAAAAUAUUUGAGCUGCUUCUUGUCCUGUUGUGCCUUUGAUGGGCUGUAUGGAGGAGGACAUGGGGAGGUGAGCCAAAAGGGAGUCGAGGAACUGGAGCAUCGGUAACUGCCUGCAAAAAGGAAAGAGAAAACCAUAUGUUGACGUUAGACUGCCAGAAAGUGCACAUUACCAUCAUAACUGAAAAUGAUCAUUAAAUUCUCUUAAUCUCUUGUUUAAUCACUUCCAUUUCUCUUAGCUGCUUCACACCCACAUUACCUGCUCAGGGCCUAUUUGCAGAAUUUGUCAUUUUAAGCGCUUUACUUGCCAGAGAGCCCUAAUCACUUUGAUAUUCAGAGGAAUAACACUCUGACGUGCAUCCUAGUACACUUCAAAGCCUUGUCAAGUUGGAAUCCAUAAAUAUAAAUUGAGCAGUGCCCACUUCUUCUUGCCAGGCUACCUUCUCGAGCUCCUCUAGAAUAAAUUGAAUUAUUCAAUAGAGUGGCUCAUAAUAGAGGCUGAACCAAAACACAGAACAGGCAUAAGGAAUAGACUUCGAUUUACACCUGUAGAUUAUAUUUUUGUAUGAUAACCUUUCCAGGUGCCUAGCUAAAUAUUGUUUAGCAGCUCAUGGAGUUAACCACCCCCACCCAACAUGGAAGUCACUAGAGCUCUUUAAAUCACAAAAAUACGCAUUUUACUGCAAUUUUCACCUACAUGAUAUACAUUCUUUUGGCCAUACAUCACCCAGGGACAUCAGGGAUAGGAGCACAUUAUUCACACAUAUUCACAUCAUAACCUCACAGCCAGUGUUGCCAACUUACAGCCUUGUUGCUAUAUUUGGCGAGUUUUCAUACCCCUCUAUCGAUUAAUUUAGAAACUAAAAAAAAAAAAAAAAAAGUAAAAUAAAAAAAAAAAACACACUAACUCCGCCAAAUUGUCUCAAUUGAGUCAUUUUUGCCGGUCCCCAGCCCGGCAUACUUCUCUGCAUUUCUAAGAUGGACAGCUAUCAAUCAUCUUCUUCAGAGUCUGUGCUCUCAACAGGGAGAGCAACCCUGCCGCCAUGUGUAUGGGAGAGGCGGUGUUCUCCACACGUAAAUAUCCUCAACUUGUGUAUGUGUGUGUGUGUAUCUUGAAAACUGUGUGAUGUUUGUCUCAAAAAUAAAUCAUCCACAAACACAUUUUUCAACAAUUCACAAGCAAAAUUUAAGAUUUUCAAAUGAUAAUAAAUGCACACACACAAUUCAAAAACAAAUGUGAAAAUCAUGGUGACCUGAAAAUGAGGCCCAAAAGCUGCAAAACCACUGUUAGUGGACACAUGCAGGUGUCACUGCAUUCAAAGGCUCUUUGACCAACAGCGUCCAUUGGCCAGCCCUUACACAGCGUUUAAGUCAAAUGAGCCCGCUGUUUCUCUUCCCACAGCCUCCAACUCAAGGUAAGUAUUGAUUCAAAUUACUCAAACUUUAUCUUAUUCAUAAACGAUUGUGAUAAUAAGCAAAGAGAAUGGAAAUGACAUGAGGCAUACCUUAACAUUUAUUCAAUUAAAAAAGUUUGAUAGAGCAACAACAUUAACUUUCUCUCUGAUUUUGACCAACAGGAAAAGAAAAAGGGAAAUGGAGCAGGAGGACAGCUCGUACAUCAAAAAGCCGCCAAAUGCCUUCAUGAUCUUUAUGAGGAUGUACAGAGAAAAUGUACCAGCUGAAGUUGCAGAGAAAGGGAGCGCAGAGACGAAUGCUUUCCUCGGCCAGUGGGUAAGUGUGUCAGGACAUGGUUCACUCGGGUUUAAAUAAAUCAAAGAUUUUUACUUUAUCUUUUCACUGUAACUGUUAAUGUUGCUUUUUAUUCACUGUCUCAUGUAAAGAACUUUUAAAGGUAUGAAAGUUUGCUUAGAGGAAAUGUUGUACACUCACUAAUGAGUACGUGGUGUGCACCAGGUGUUGUUCAUGCGCAAGUGGAUGAUCCAGUUUGGAAAUAAGUGUGUUUCUGACAAUAUGUUUUUGUCUGUUCACAGUGGAAGAAGCUUACAGAGGAACAGCGAGGGGAAUUUAAAGAAAUGGCCAGAGUGGAAAAGGAAGAACACAGUCGGCUGUACCCAGGUUGGUCAGCCAUCAACAAUUAUGUAAGUACACAAUCUAUGCACAGCAGCAUCACAAAUGUUGUGAUGUGAGAUUUCAAAAGCAGCUUUAUACUACUGACACUGCAUAAUCUGGUGUUAACAGGUCAGAGAAGUAACAAUGUUGUGUUGUUUUUCAGGGCAAGAAAAAGAAAAGGAUGAGGAAAAGUGCACCAGCUGCAACUGAACCAUUUAACCAGUACCCAUACUAGCAGCAAAAAAUAUAUUAAAAAAAUCAAAUAAAGAAAAAGAAAAACAAUAAAAAAACAGUAAAAAAAAAAACUUUAAAAAAAUAAUAAAUACAAAAAAACAAUAAAUAAAAAAAAAAAAAAACAAUUAAAAAAAAAAAAAUUAAAUUAAUUAAAAAAAAAAAAAAAAAAAAAA